AUGCUGCCCCCAACACGUGCUAUCGCCGCUCAAUUGGUUCUAGCGGUUGCCUACCUGCAUGGCAGAGGAAUCGUCCAUGGAGACCUUCAUCUUGGCAAUGUCCGACUGAAACUGCCACGGGAAUAUCGGCUCUGGUCGGACGAGGAGCUACUAGCACGCUGCGGGGAACCAGAACUAGAGCCGGUUCAGACAUUUGAUGACAAGCCAAUCCCAACGGGUGUCCCACCCGUCGCUACUCUACCUCUCUGGUUUCCCAUGCAAAGCAUCACUGAGCUUCCGCUGUCAGAUGCCCAUAUCGCCCUUGCAGACUUCAGCGAGGCAUAUCGCCCUUCACAAGAGUCGAGAUACGAGUGUCGUACACAGAUACACUCUCGCCCGCCAGAGGACAGAUUCGAGCCAACAAAGCCAAAAUCAUUCCCUAGAGACAUCUAG